AGAGAACCACUAGUUCCAUAUUCGAACAAUUUCCCCCCAAAUCAGCGAGGGUAAUUCAGGCACACCGAAACCCUAGAUUAGGGUUUAAUUGUUCUCUCUCAAUUUGGCCUUCAGAUUGAUUAUACUCUUCAGAUCGGUGUUGUUGGUGAAUCAAUUUUGGUGUGUUCCGUUUCUGCUCUUUCUUCCUUCAAUCGGGCUUUUUUGCCCAUUUCGCGUUCAAAUCCAUGGUCUUCGCUUUACUAUGGAACCCUCUUCACUGCAAUCCAUUCCUCCCAUUCAACAACAAGACGACGAGUGGGACACUGAUGGAUUUGUGAUUCCGAGCUUGGAAAUCGGAGACUCUGAUCAAAGUAAAGAUAAUGUUCCCAGCAUAGAAUCGCCGAAUUCUGCUACAAAGGCUAAGAAGGAAGAGAACAUCUAUCUUGGCCCACACGGAGCGCCUCCUUCACAAUCAAAACAGCAAGAGGUAAAUUCAUCAAACCGGAAGCAGCGGUUCAAGCAAAAGCUGAAAGAAGCUGAUAAAAGAAAUAAUGGAACAGGUAGGGAGAAUAAAGUGGAUAACCUGAGGGAGCUUGUGGGUGGGGGAAAAGCAAGUGUCGGCAUGGGAAAGGGAUCCUCUCCUAAAGACUGGUUAGAUCCACAUUGCCAUGAAUCUCAUUUUGAGAGGAGAUGAUUCACACAUUGAAGAUUUUAGUUUCUUCAAGUUAUUUAUAAAGGGAGAAAAUCCACUUUAGUAUCUUUUAUUGUAGUUUGAUAUGAUGCAUCACUCAAGACACAAAUUUCAGAAGUUUUGGACAAUAAGUUCAUCCCCCGGUUCUUCGAUAAUAAAGUUGUUAUGCUCAGUAUUCUGUAAUUAUGUUAUAGUUCUUUGUGGAAACUAUAGGCUUGAAAUGUUGAAUUCUGUCAACUACUAAUCUACACAAAGGAAAACUAUUAAGGAGCUAAGGAAAUAAAACAGGGAGACAAAUACAGAAUGACAAAAAACCUUUUUUUUAUUGAAUUUUCUUCAAGGAUUAUAUA